AUGAGCGAAAACAAGGUAAAAGAAGAAAAUACAUAAGUAUAUGCAUGCCGACAAUUCAGUUAAUAUUUUAAAUAUACAGAUCAGAUACAAUUUAAGAAAAUAUUAUCAUCAUUAUACUGACCGCAUAAGCAUACAGCAUAAGUAUACAUAACGUUCGGCCAUUUGAUUAUCACCUCCCAAUUACCCCCAACAUACCUCCCUAAUUUCGGGCAUUUAUUGUGUAGGCGCUGGAAGAAGGUGUCACUCCAAGUGAGAUUUGUUCAAAAUAUUUUAAAAUUCACAGCGAAGUUUAUGAAUGGUUUAAUGUUCAGUUUGAUUACUUUGGAAGAACAACCACUGAAGAACAGACAAAGUAAGUCCUCUUUAAUUAUAUUAUAGAAUGCGAAGUGGGGCUUUGGUGGCAUAUAGUCAUCCGAUCAACCACCUUGACUGCACGUAUAAUAGAAUAAGUGAACGCUCAAAAGACAAAGUAGUUGGUUUUCUUAAGCACGCGCGGGCCUGCAACAAUAUUGGAGAAUGUUCGAUAAAAAUCUUAAACAAAGUCAAACCUGAUAUCCAACAUUAGCUAACAUUCCCAAAUAUAAUAUAUACAACGUUCAAGCAGACCUAACCGAUUGGUGCAUCUAACAAUGUGGGAUGAUAUUGAAAGCAGAGAGGGUGGGUUAGGAUAUAUAAAUUAGUUAAUUAACAGUUAGACAACCAGGCCGAGUUGUCUAUGAGUGCAGCAGGGCCUUUUUUAAGGAUUUUCCCGUGGGGGGGGGGGCAUGUUUUAAAAAGGGACCUUUCUGUGAGAUAAUAUGUUAGAGGGGGAUAGCAAUGGCUGAAGGCCACGUGUGUGGCCAACAUACCACGCAUGAAUGGGGAAGUCUGAGGGAGUACUCCCCCAGAAAAUUUUUGAAAUUUGAAUCCCGGAAAUGUCAUUUCCUGCAUUCUGAGCAUCCAAAUUUGCUCCAAAAUUUAUGCUAACUAUACUUGUAUUUGAAAUAAAUAAAGGAAAAAACGCACAAAAAGUUAAAAAAUAACCAUCAUUUAUCAUUAUUUAUUAGAGGAGGAUAGCAAUGGUCAGCUGUGUGGGGGUAUACUCCCCCAGAAAAUGUUUGAAAUUUGAAGCACGGAAAUGCCAUUUCCUGCAUUCUGAGCAUCCAAAUUUGCUCUAAAAUUAAUGCUAACUAUACUUGUUGUUGUAUUUGAAGUAAAAGAUGGAAAAAAUGCGCAAAAAGUAAAAAAGAAUAUUAACUGUAAUUUAUCAUUACUUAUUAGAGGGAUAAUCCCCAGAAAAUUUUAGAAAUUUGAAACACGGAAAUGCUAUUUCCUGCAUUCUGAGCAUCCAAAAAAUAACAAAAUUAUUAACAAUAAUUUAUCAUUACUUAGUGGUAGAAAAAAGUAACAAUUUAAAUCGAUUUUGUUAAACAAGGACAAAGCCUAAAACUUACUUUCCGUUUAUGUAUUUGUUAAUCUUCGCUGGUUUGUUUGUAUAAUUUUCGGGAAAAGGGACUUUUCCUGGGGGGGCAAAAUGUGAUUUCGUGGGGGGACACAAGGGGGGACUGGGGGGGAAAAUGCCCCCCAGCUUGUAUGUUAAAAAAGGCCCUGGAGUGCAGUCAACGAAGUCGUAUAGUCUGAGUUGACUAUUCGGCAUAGCCAUAGACAACGAGACUAACGAGGCCGAGUUGUCUAAUUGUUUUAGUAUGCACUCCUGCUAUGAAUACAAGCUCCAAGCAUAGUUACUUAAUUGUAAAGAUUUAUAAAUAAAUUUAAAAGCAUGCACGAGCGUUUGAAUGAUCUCUUUUUUAACCUUAUAGCAUACUUCGCUUGUGGCUUUUUUGUUUACUUUUUGCAAACAUCCGGCGAAAAGUGUUUUUAAAAACACACAGCUCGUCAGCCUUGAAAAUAUUUUAAAACAGGACGUAUAACAGUCAUGAUAUUAAGGGAAAGCACAAGCGAAGAUUCAAUAUUAUACGAAACAAGAUUUAAAAGACCAGACCCCGAAAUGUUGCAGUAGUUUACGUAAAAAGACGUAUAGGCUACAAUGCACGCAAAGCAAUCUUAAUGCCGUUGAAAUCGAUGAAAUACAUGACAAAAUGAUAACUGUGGAAAACAAUACUACAAUCACCCGAAAUGCACUGUUAAUUGACCCCAAAAAGUGGAGUAAAUAAAAAAGGUACAGAACGUACCUUUUUUAUUUACCCCACUUUUGGAGUCAAUUCGACUCCUUUGGAGACAAAAUGACUCCUAUAUAUUGCAGUAAAGAAAAGUCCUUAACUAACCUUAGAAAUUUACUCCGUUAUUUUUACUCUUUUGCUUGAGUUAUUUUUUCUCCUUAAGUGGAGUUAAAUUGACUCCCAGUCUGGGCCGUACACAGCGGGGGCAGGGGGAGAGGCAGCUGGGGGGGGGGGGAAGGAGGGGGGGCAACUGCCUCCUAUAGAGAAAACUAUAUCAACUGCCCCCUGGUGAAAAAAUCUUGCGUAUGGCCCUGCUCCCAGUGGAGUAUAUGUUCGAAUAUAUAUAUAUCAAAGUGGAGUAGUUUCAACUCCAUUUUUGGAGUAAAUUUAACUUCAAACUUUUACUCCCAGUUUUAACUCUCAGGUGGAGUUAAAAAUAACUCCUUGAAAUUAACAAGGUGCAUAGAGUCUGACAAAAUUUUAUCGAAAAACGUGGAAGCUACAAGGAAAGUUGUUUUUAGGCCGGAAAUGCCGAAGCAACCCCAAAAGGGGAAAAAACCUUAAAAUAUUGCUGCUAUAAACAAACAAAGAAACUAAAAGAAACAAACACUAGACAAAGAAACACUUAAAAAACGAGGAAAACAUAGGAUUAAAUAAUUACACGCUGCUGAAAUUCAACGGUUUUGCUUGUAAUAUGCACAAAAAAAUUUGUGUUCAGUAAUUCCGCCUGUCUUCAUGCCACAGAAGUAACAGCAGAUUUAUUAUUAAAAUCCGGUUUAAAUUCCCACCAUUCAACGUCUUCACAUCAUAUUUUGUAGUCUUUUUUCUUCUUCCGGGAAAGAAUUUCCUAUACAAAAUUCUCACGAAAUCUUUGCAAAACAAAUGUUUUCCGCCAUUUUUUUUCAACCAUGGACCUUGGUUGAGUAGCCAAUCAGAAUGUUGGAUUUGUAAUGGUCGCCGGUUGAAUGUAUAUUAAUAAUAAUAAUAAUAUUUAAUAUUUAUAUUGGGCAAAUUAACAUGUUAUAGUAUAUGAUCAAAUGCGCAAAUAAUAAUAAUAAUAAUGGAAACUUUAAUAAUUUUGUUAUAUACUAUAUAUAUACAAUUGUAAAUCUCACUAAUUUAAGGUAACUUACAAUUGGCUAUUUGAAUCACAACUAUAUCAACUAAUAAAAAUGAUAAGACAGAAUACAUGAAAAUAUAUAAGUAUACAAGACAAUCAGAUAUUUCAAAUAGUUAACAAGUCCGGACUUUCCCAUUCCUUAUUUCGGCAGCAAAAAAUAUAGUAUGUACUUCGAAUGGCAAUAGUCAUCAUUUUCCUAACACAGUACGUUUGGUAGUUUUUGUCCAGACCAACAUUUCCUAACAUUUCUAAGAAUGUAGGGCAUUCUUGCGCAAAAAUACCUAGGGAGCUCAUAGAAAGAUUUAUAAAGUUUACUUCGUUAAAAUUUUCGUCUAGUUGUUUUACUAGUUCUUUAUAUUUGGCUUUUUUCCGAUUAACGUUGUUCUCGAGGUUUGUCUCAUAGCCAACAGUGAGCUCGACCACAUAAAGAGUCAUUUGAUAACGAUAGCAACAAAUCCGGGCGAUACGUAUCACCAGUUAUUAUUGAAGGACUUUUGAAUCCAGGCAAUCAGCGUAGAGGGCAGAACCGUUCACAGUUUGCAAGGUAUUGGCAAGGAAGUUCAGGAUUGAAUUGUGUCUCCACGUAAAUCGAUCUUGAUAACACUGACAUCCAGCGACCACGUGCAAUAAUGAUUCUGGGCCAAGACAAAAGGAGCAUUCUGAACUUGAAGACAAUCCCCAUCUGCUAAGGUUCUUGCGUGUCGGAAGAGAGUUAUUGAUAUAGCGUAUGGUGAAGUUAUAAAUGUUUUUUGGAAGUUUUGAUUGAGCAGUAGACCACACUUUGCUAAGAUGCGACAAGGAGAACUUUGUUACACUAGAGAAAAAGGAUCCCUGACAAGUUAAUUGAUUUUGGAGUUUAUCUUCGUGUUAAUAAUAAUAAUAAUAAUAAUAAUAAUAAUAAUAAUAAUAAUAAUAAUAAUAAUAAUAAUAAUAAUAAUAAUAAUAAUAAUAAUAAUAAUAAUAAUAUCACAAAGGAGAGAUAUACAGAGAGGAAACUCGCGGCAAAUUAUGUCACGCACUUUUUACCAAUAUCUUAACUAUUUAAAAUUAUAUUAAUUCAUUAAUUAUUAAUUAAAUUAAUUAAAUUUUGAUAAUACAGAGAAAUAAAACUAUACAUAUUAUAGAAGAAUUCAUGUUUUUUUAUGCGAGAGUUAUAUUUUGAGGAAUUUAUAUCAUUCGCUGCUUUGUUAUUUAUAUACAUGAGCGUCUGGAAUUCCUAGCCUGCAGUUUAUUUAGAUAGGGAAAAAAACAAACUUUUGCUAAAUAAAUUGUUAUAUUAACACUUUUAAUAAAAGGAAAUCAAUAAAAGUGAUCGCAUACCGUUAUCAUCUACAAUAAUUUAUUGAACAAAAUUUCCAUGGAUAUCUCAUUUUUUUAAAAAAGCAAUUUUUACCUUUCGAACGGCGUUUUCCCUAUGCUUUUGCUAUGCAAUUUCAGCGACGGCACUGGCUGGGAAAUUUUACGUGGCGCGUGGAAAUUACGUUUGCGUCUUUGCGCGUGACAUAAAAAUUAAGGUUAUCGACUGCGACUAGUUUCCUCUCUGUAUAUCACUUUCCUCUGUGCUACUUUGUGUUUGUUUGUCUUAAUAAUAAAAAAGAACUCACGGAGCAGCGAAAAUCUACUAGAUACUAAUGUUUCAAAAAAAUUAGUGUCCGCAAUCUCAUGAAAGAUAAAGUUUUGAGAUGAAAAUAUUUAUUCUUACAUUUUCUUUAGAAUUUCUCAAGAUAUUUUUUGGAAGAAUUAUCACAAUGGCCUAACACUGGAAGAGACAGUAGAACAGCUACACUGCGGAAAUUGCAAUAGGUAAGGCAAUCACGAUUUCGGCCGGAAAGUCUGGGGUAUAUAACCUAGGAAUUAGUAGUUCUUUUGGGAUCAGAAUAAUUAUCCCAUUGUUCUUUUUUCGUUUUGCAGUACUGUUAUUAAACUAAAGAUUUUAAUUUUGGUUCUAAAUUUAAAAAUCGAUUAAAGUGCUAACGUAUCGUUCACUCUCCUUACGAUGGCAUUAUAAAUAAAAUUUAACAUGACAAAAUCAUAUUUUGAUAAACUUUCUUAUAGCUUCUCUCGUUGUGCAUGUUUGGUAUGCAAAGACUUAAUAUAUAUAUGACCGUCAUUAUGAUAUCAUAUUGCAUAAUGAGUUACUAGAAAAACAAUCAACACGAUAUUCUAGACUAUUAUUAUUUCUUUUUUAGAUUUUUAGCUGACCGAUUUGUGGAGGGAACAUGUCCACUUUGUGGUUUUCACGUAGGUUUGCAAGAUCUAUUUGAAUAAACCUAUAAUUGAGUAAUCAUAUUUACACUCAAUAGACUAUACCCAAUUCAUAUUUUCGCAUAACUCACAUGACUUAGGGCCUGUUCAUAUGAUCCCGCUUACCGGGACGUCUCGCUUACCGAGAUGAAUAUUUCCGUGCGUUCAUAUGGAGUAUUUCGUCCCGCUUGCCGAGAUGAAAUUACAAUGUAGUUCUAUAAUUAGCGUAUGCAAAACUUCUACAUUUCAGUCAAGCAACACAAAUACUUGGCGAUUUUAGUGUUUUUCUUCGUUUAUUUACAAGAAAAAGUAUUGCUUCAGGUGGUUAUUUAAUACUUGUUUACAAAACAAACAUAAAACCAAGUAAAAAGUGUUAAAUUAAACCGGCAAGACUUGUUUCACUUCAUCCCGGUAAGCGGGCUGGCGUGUUCAUAUGGAAACAUUUUCAUCCCGCCUACCUAUGAUCUCGGCAAAUUCAAACGAGAUCUCGGCAAGCGGGCCAACUCGCUUUCCCAUAUGAACACAAUGCAAAAUUUUAUAGGAAAAUAGAUAGGCGGCGAGAUCAUCGGUAAGCGAGACGUCCCGGUAAGCGGGAUCAUAUGAACAGGCCCUUAGCUUGUUACCACAGUUUGGAUAAUGUAAGCAAGUGCAUGAUCAAUGAGCUAAUUAAUCGCCUGGCAGCAGGCAUACGUAAGCACGAAUCUGCUGAUUAGGUUUAUUGCUUAGUUUAUGCAUUUUUGGGUUACGAAAUACACUCUAGAAAAUGUUUGACUUUCACUUACUUUCGAAUGGUUAGGGCGGGGCAGACAUCUCAUACAGAUUUUACGAGAUUUUAAAGGUUAAGAGGCAAUUAUCAAUAAUGCUUUAAAAUUGACGCCAUAUUUACAACUAUAUAAGCAAAACUGAACUUGAGACAAAUUAUUUAUUUUUUCUUGGCAUGCCAUAUAUAAAAUCUCUUCAUUUUAGCAUUAUUUUACAAAUUGACCGAUUGACCGAGUAUCGAGAAAAACAAAAAUUUUGAAUGUAGUCAUAAUCGCAAGUCGUAUAUAUAUUAUAUACUUGUGUCUCGUUUUGAGCGCGUGUUAUACGUAUAUCACAAAAAAUCUCCUCUUAAUAUAUUCCAACAGGAUGCUCGUGGUGACCAAUGUGAUGCUUGUGGCAAACUCAUUAACGCAACUGAAUUAAAGGUACUCUAUAUUUGAUGUGAUGGCAUGCAUGCACGUUUCACUAACCACGAUCAUGUAGCAGGCGGUGCCUUCUGGAAAAUAUCAGAUUGAGGAAAUUAUGUAAAUUCUUCCAUUACGGUGCUUAAAUUUCCCACAGCUAUCUACUCUGUGCACGCCCACAGGGAAAGUCAGAAAAUAUUUUUUCCCGCUGCAGUUGCUGUCCAGCUUGACAGUUUUCAGUCCGCUUUGGACCUUGCGUGCACGAAAUGAAAGGUGAACUAAAUUCAGCUUUCUUAGUGGCGUGCACGUGCUAUUGUAAGUAUUAUAAUUACACAUAUGACUUGUAUGCAGGUAGGUCGUUCGUCCCGCGCGGGCAAAGCGACCGUAAUGGACAACGGCUUUUAGUGUUUAGUACAUAUCCUGCUUUUUGGUAAUUCAUGUCGUAUGUUUGCUUUCUACUUGCAACUUUCUGUUUUUAGUCUCCUCGAUGUAAAAUUUGUAGUCAAACACCGACAGUUAAGAAAAGCAGACAUCUUUUCUUAGACUUGACAAAGGUGCGUAUUGAAUUGUUGUUUAAUCAUGCCAAAGAAACUAUAGCCUACAUACAGCCGCUUUAUCUACCACAAUGCAGAAAUAAUCUAUCAUGGUGUAUGUCCAAUAUUGGGGUUUCAUGUAUAGAUUGUUGUAUUCAACAAUAAUCUGAAGUACCUGUAAAAAGUAAAAACACUUCGACGUUUCCAGGAAAAGCCAUUGUCCUUUAUAGCCCUAAUCUCCUGGCGAAAGGCUUUUGAAAUGCUCUUAAUAAUCAUUUUCAGAUAGUUCAGACCCAAACUACAGCAGUUCGUGUUCAAAAUUUGUGCAAUCCAUAUGUUUGUAUUUUCAGUUACAACCCGAGUUAACUUCGUGGAUAGAGAAAGCAUCAACUGAAGGUAUGUGUUUUUCAUUGAAAACAGUGUCACUAAUUUAAAAUAACAUUUGAAUAUCUUUUAUAUACAUUUAUAUUUUUAUAUUAAUGGAAUUUGGAGUAGAACGUUUCAACUUCAUCUUAUAUUUUUAAGGUACUAAUCAUGAUAGCCGUCUAAGGUGCAGAAAUUUGUGAUAAAAACUUAUUCUUAUUUGUUGACUGAUUCUUCCUCAAGUAUUAUAAAUCAGCUAUAUCCAGAGUUUCCCUCUUUUGCCACUGCCACCGAGUUACUGUAACUCAGCGAUAAACGGUGGAAUUAUGCGAUAUUCUGCAGAGCACGUCGAGAGAUAAGCUUCUAUUAAUGAGGGAAGGAGAAGGGGAAAGGCACUAACAGGCUUUUAGCCAGGAUCGUGAAGGAGGGCGUCCGAUUUUGGUAUUAUGACACAUCUACAGUGUGUGUGUGUGGGGGGGGGGAGGGUUUCGGGCAAACGUUCUUCUAAGAAACUAUCGAAGGUUGAACAGUAUACGACAUGUUCAUUCAUAAACUACGACAUGUUCAUUCAAACAGGUACACUAUCAAAUUGAUCAAAAUAUCAAAUGUAUAAUAAUAUUGAAAAUUGAAACUAUUUCGUUUCAGAUGUAUUAAUAUAUUUAGGGAAAUCAUUGAGAAAAAUUUCCCUUUUCCCCAGAAUUUGGGCGUUCAAAGGCAAAAGCCUGAGCACUCAAGGGCGACGUAAGCCCCUGCUUUGCCAAACAUUGACCAAUUCCUCGUUUGCCACAUAGUUGCCUGCGAAAGAAACAAUCAAGUGCUUUACAAUGUAGCAGGGGUUUGGGCGGACGUCAUUUAAGAGUCGGAACUUAGAUCCAUUUAUACUCGAGGAUGACGUCAUCGGCGAACAUGGUGAAGAUAAUCUCGUGGGUAUAGCUACCGUCAUCUCUGUUCAAAACAUGGUGAUUGAUGUUUAUAUACAAUGCUUCUAGGCCGAGCGUCUCUGGCCAUAACGAAUGUUAGUUUUAAUAAUCUUGGAGUCUUCCCACGCAAUCGCAAACUUUGUUUGACUCAGGUGAUGGGCCAAAGAUGAUAUCCCCUUGUUUAAAGUUGAAAUCGCCUUUUAAUGUUCUCUUUAAAUUAAUAAACGUGUGCCAAAUUGCUGUAAGAUUUUGCCCUAGAUAAUUUUUUCACAGUUACCGCAUAGUAUAGAAUACAAAUAUGAUAUCUGAUACUACAGGAAACUGGAGCGCAAAUUCCGAAAAUAUUACCAAAAGUUGGCUACAGGAAGGUUGAAACCUCGUUGUAUAACACGCGAUUUAACAUGGGGAACACCUGUGCCACUUGAAGGCUUUACAAACAAAGUGUUCUACGUUUGGUUUGACGCACCGAUUGGGUAAGAAAUUUACUAUAUACAGUUCUAGACUACUUUGCUACAGGGGGAAUAGAGUAGUCGUGGCCCAUGCAUGGGUAUCUUACAAUGUUUGGUAAUGUUAAAUUCGAAGUAGGGGUGAUCCAUUUAGUAUAUACGUACGCAACUAAGGGAGUGGGGCCGUGGGGAAGUCAGAACUUUUGCAGUUUUUGCGUAUGUUUUUUGUUUAAAUGACAUCAUUUCUAUUGUUCUUUGUGUACAAUGGGGAGGGAAGAGGUUAAGGUUUCUAUUGAGCCUUAAACAUUACAGACCACUCUUUUCGAAAUGUUUGAACAAUUGAAAGAAAGGUUAUGACGUUAUGCGAGGCUUGUUGUCAAGACGGUGGCAAAAGGUGAUUCCCAUUUGCGAAUGUUGUUAAUGUGCCGUCACGCGCUGCAGAGGUUGUUUAGUACUUGUGCAUGAUAGCCAAGGUGCUCUCGGCUUACUGCUGGCAAUAUUCAUCGGGAUAUAAUAUCAUAUUGAAUAAUUUUUAUGUUUUGUUUUUUGAACAACUCGUAUCUUGAGUAGACAAGAUGAUACUAUUCGAAGUAUAUAUUUUCUUAUAUUUCUCAAGACACCUGAGGAUAAUGUGUUGAUUCCACCUUUUUGAACCUUGCAGAUAUAUAUCAAUCACAGCUAACUACACGGACCAAUGGGAAAAGUGGUGGAAGAAUCCUGAGCAUGUCAGUUUAUACCAGUUCAUGGCGAAAGAUAAUGUGCCAUUUCAUACAGUUGUAUUUCCAGCAACAUUACUGGGAACCAAGGAACCUUACACCUUGCUCAACAGUAUUAAUGCAACAGGUGAGAUGAAUAACUGGUCUGAAAACUAGGUCUGGAUGGAGCAACACCGCGGAAAAACACCUGCGCAUGCGCGUGCAUUAGAAAAAAUGGUGAGGAAUUUAAAUGCCAAAUUGUAAACGAAAACAAGGCUAUUUAAUUAUUUUAAGGCAAGUGAAACAAACAAAAAAAUACAUUAGACGGGUGGUUUAGACAUUAAUAAAAAGUUUUCUAACAUUUAAAAUCUAAAAAGAAACAGAAUUUAAAUUAAAAAUUAUCGUUUUAGACCGGGAGGCGUGUGAACAUUUCUUGAAAAAUUGUUAAAUACCGAACUUAAGACAAAAAAGUUAAGAAAACUAUCAAAUAGUUAAGCAUUUGCUCACGAUUAAAUUGUAGAUAAAUCAUUACCCUUAAAUAUAGUCAACGCAAAAAUUAUACAUGCUACGCAAAAAAGUUAUUGAGAAAAAUGUGGAUCAUAUGAGCCUACAAAAAAUAAUAAUCUUUGUAUGGUUCAGUUAAAGAACGUUUUAUACCAUAAAUGUAUCGACAGUCACCAGCUUUGGUUCAUUUUCUUGCAUAAUACUACUUCUUACACAUGUGGACUGUAAUUAUUUCUAGUUUUUAGGUUGUCACAUUCAUUAUUCAGGGCCAUAGUAACCGGGGGGCUGCAGUCCCCUCCCCCCAAUAAUUUGCUAAUAAUCAUCUUUUAUUCAAAAUCAUGCAGAUCUUUAUCAUUUAAAUAAUUUACCUUUAAAAUAUUGACUAUUGCUUAAUUUUAAGCGGUUACAUUAUCCAUGACAAACUGCAAAGAAUGAAGUAUUACCCAUACUUUCCUGCAACUUAUCCAAUAUAUAGUUAAUUAAGUACGCCUUCGCCCAUUUAGUACUACUAAAUUAUAAACAAAUUGUAAAUUUCGACAUGCUAAAACGCUGUUUUCUGACCAUCAGAAUUAUGCCAAAUCUUCCCCAAAGUCCAGGAAAUGGCAUUUCAGAGACUCUAAAUUUAAAAAUUCCCUCGGGCCUUCGGCCCUCGUUUUCAGCCCCCCCUCCCCAAUAAAAAAGAGCUUCCUACGGCACUGUUAUUUUGCUUGCAUUUUCACAGAAAAGGCAAAACAUCGAAGUCGCUCCUUGUCGCUUCCAUUUUAAGUUUUUGACAACCUUCGGAAUACUUGACACCACGUUCGCAAGGCAAAUUUUUGGUUGACGCAUGCGCAAACGUUUUCCGGCGGUGUUGGAUGGAGCAUCAGUUUGAAUUGAAUGAGGCAAUUUUCCAGAAUAAUUGUAAUGAAUAAUGAGAAGAGGUAUUUAAAUCUGUCAAAUUCUUUACAAAUUGGUUCGAUAGGUGGUUAAUAAUAAAUUAGUUUUCAAUUGUAACAUAGCUUUCGAAGCUCCUUCUAAGAUAAUGAGAGAAAAGAGAGGUCACUGAUAACCAAUUUCUAUUCAGACAAUAUAUGUCUUUUCCCAUCAAUAAGGAGAAAGUGCAAGAGCCUUUUGUAACAAGUCAGCAACACUACAGUGGAUUUGUGGUGAUCACACCAAUAUAGUCAAUGGCCACCAUUAACUUCAUAGUUUUGCAGCUAUAAGUCUGAAUUGACAUUUAAGUAUGAAAGUUGUAGAUAUAAUAUUCAUUACUUGCCUGUAUUACUUUGUUAGUAAUUGGAAUUUUUUACAUUGUCUGACUCCUACAGAAAAAGGAAUUUUUCUUUCUCCUUAUUUUUCCUUAGUCGUCGACCUUAGUCGUGCAGUGUCCGGCGCUGGUGUUUACGUAAAAUGCCUAGGUUUGCAGAGAAAGCAUGCAUGCAUUUAAUGUUUUUUGUUUAGAUCAGUGAAAUAAGUCCGCUCUACCAAUAAGUAUGCAUUAAAUAAUUCUCUGAUGCAAAUAAUAAGAUAAUAUAAUAAUUAUUUUCUAUGAUUAUAGAGUAUUUGAAUUACGAAGACGGAAAGUUCUCCAAAAGUCGUGGCGUAGGUGUGUUUGGUAACGAUGCCAAAGAUACAGGAAUACCUUCGGAUGUUUGGAGAUUCUAUUUGCUGCAAACUAGACCUGAAUCACAA